GCGUGAAGAGGGCAGGAGGGGCUCGAAGGAGACGGACUGGGGACCGGACGGGCAUGGAGAGGAGAGCCCGGCGCCAGAGCUGGGCUGGUGGGGAGGUCCGGGGGCUUUUUCGAGGACAGCCGCUGCCCUUUGCUCGCAGUUUGCUGCUGCUGCUGCUGCUGCUCUCCAACCAUGGGGACGCCUCCAAAGCGCAAGGGAUGUCGUCUCAGGGACAGUCCGUUACACCUCAUUGGAUUUCAGGAGGGCGAAGCACGGGAGCUGUUGGCGUGGGGGAAAAGACUGCACACCCUGCUCGUGGAGAACUGGAGGUGACUGUGGAGGGCAGGAAGCUUCUUCUGGUGCUAGAAAAAAACCACAGGCUGCUGUCACCAGAUUACACGGAGACGCAUUAUACGGCAGAUGGGCAGGCAGUAACUGUGUCACUCAACCACACUGAACACUGUUGCUACCACGGCCAUGUCCGAGGGUACGAGGGCUCCUGGGUAGUCCUAAGUACGUGCUCUGGAAUCAGUGGCUUGAUCACGCUCAGCCAUAACGACAGCUACUACCUGAAGUCUCCAGCAAGCCCAGGAUCUGAACCUCACGUUGUCUAUCGGGCAGAACAUUUGCCAAUCAAAGGUGGGACCUGUGGGCACGGUGACCAACUUCAAAGUAACGUCGCCGACCUUGCUAGGUUCUUCAAACCACCUGCACGUCAGCGGAAAAGGAGGAAUGCCUGGACGACCCUGAAAUACAUGGAGCUCUUCAUUGUUGCAGACUACACCCUGUUCAUGACUCAAAAGCACAAUUUGGGGCGCACGAAGCAACGGAUCCUGGAGAUCGCUAAUUAUGUAGACAAGUUUUACAGGUCCCUGAACAUCAAAGUAGCCCUGAUUGGUCUCGAGGUGUGGACUGAGCGGGACCACUGUACAGUGAGCAAUGAUGCCCAUGCCUCCCUCGUGUCCUUUCUGCAGUGGAAGAAGUCUUUGAAGUCUCGGAAGAAGCACGACAAUGCUCAGCUUCUGACUGGUGUGACCUUCAUAGGGACGACCAUUGGGAUGGCCCCGCUGGAGGGCAUGUGCAGUGCAGAAAACUCUGGUGGUGUGAGCAUGGACCAUUCGGAGCUGCCCAUCGGAGCCGCGGCCACCAUGGCCCACGAAAUCGGCCACAACUUCGGGAUGAGCCACGACGUGGAGGGCUGCUGCGUGGAGGCCACGGCGUCCCAAGGUGGCUGUGUCAUGGCCGCAGCAACAGGCCACCCUUUCCCCAAAGUCUUCAGCUCCUGCAGCCGGAGGCAGCUGGAGAGCUACUUCCAGAGAGGAGGCGGGAUGUGCCUUUUCAACAUGCCCGACACCAAGGACCUGGUGGUGGGGAAGAAAUGCGGGAACGGAUUCCUGGAGGAUGGAGAGGAGUGCGACUGUGGAGAGAUAGAGGAGUGCACGAACCCUUGCUGCAACCCACAGAACUGCACGCUCAAAGCCGGGGCUGAAUGUGCCCACGGGGACUGCUGUAAGAGCUGCAAGCUAAAGACAGCUGGGACCAUGUGCAGAGAGCCAGCCGGGUCCUGCGACCUGCCCGAAUACUGCACUGGAGCUUCCCCUUUCUGCCCCACCAAUGUCUACUUGCUGGACGGCUCCAUGUGUUCCUCUGGGGAAGCCUACUGCAACAACGGCAUGUGUAUGACCCACCAGCAGCAAUGCGUGCAGCUGUGGGGCCCAGGUGCCUGGCCGGCUCCCGACGUUUGCUUCCAGGACGUCAACAGGGCUGGGGACACAUACGGCAACUGUGGCAAAGACCGUCACGGCAACUACGUGAAGUGUGCCAGGAGAGAUGCCAAGUGUGGGAAGAUUCAGUGCCAGAGCUCAGCUGCAAAGCCCAAAGGGACCAACACUGUCUCCAUGGACACCACCAUCCGGUUUAAUGGCCAGGAGAUAAAGUGCAGAGGGGCCCUGGUUUACGCAACCAAGGAUGGCGAGGGGGACAUGUCUGACCCGGGGCUGGUGAUGACGGGGACCAAGUGUGGAGACGGAAUGGUAUGCAAGGACCAGCAUUGCCUGAACGCCUCUUUUUUCGAACUGGACAAGUGUGUCUCCAAGUGCCAUGGGCACGGGGUUUGCAACAGCAACCAGAACUGCCACUGCGAGGCUGGCUGGGCUCCUCCGUUCUGUGAGAAACCUGGACUUGGAGGCAGCGUGGACAGCGGCCCCGUGCAAUAUGACAAUCAUGAAGCCAUCCUGAUAACCGUGCUGCUUGUUUUCUUCCUGAUCCUGCCGGCUUCAGCUCUCGGGCUCUAUGUGUACUAUCGGAGGGAGAGCUCCUUCCUCAACAAGUGGGUCAAAGGCUUAAGGAGCAGCCACGAGACGUACAGGAAUGGAGCAGUCAAUCAGAAGGCAAAUCAGGGACACUCUAACUCAGCCUUCACUUUGCAAGAUAUUUCCUCUUCCUCCUCCUCCUCUUUGUCCUCCUCCUUAUCCAGUAAAGCUGUGGGCAGGAGUUCCAGCCAAGCAACAAGGGGCAUUUCCCCCCCUAAACCAAACCCUUAUCAAAAUCCCACCCAUCCUGUCAACAUUGUCCGGCCCCUCCGCCCGGCACCCAGCCCGGCUGGGCCUCUUCAGAAAGACCUCAAGCCCUCCAGGCCGCCGCCACCGCCGUUCAACAAAUCUCCCGCUGUUCCCAACAAUGCGAAAUUUGGCACGCAAGCCAAACUCCCUCCACCAAAGAAGCCUCUUCCCAGCAGCCCUGCCAAGACCCCAUUGGUCGACCCAAAGCACAGGCCGCCACGCAGGCCGCUGCCGGGGAACCCCCUUCUGGCUAAAGCGUUGCCAUCAGCCCAGGGUCAAACCUUGCUGGUCAUGGUGCCCCCCACCAACUCCAAGCCGGCGGGUCUCAAUGCAUCAAGCCACCUCUCCAAACCGCUGAAGCCGCUGCCGCCUCGGAGACCAGUUCCAGGCUUGAAAGUCCAGUCGGCCUCCGUUAAGAAAUGACAGCAGUGGAAGCGGGGUCCCGGCUGACACACGGCGGGCCCCUCCCCCCCUCAUUUGCACUACUCCGGUCGACACGGGGAUUUUUGCUACCAAAGACGAUGACUUUUUCUUUGUUUAUAAAACAAGAACUGUUUUUACAAAUAACGAAGAAGGGAGCGGGGAUUUGAGGCCGGCGAAAUCGGUACUUCCAAGGAAUGACAGGUGGCUGGGUUUGGGGACAAAAUGGGUCUUUAGACAGCAAUUUGGGGAGAAGCUCCAUUCUGACGGGCUCAUGGAUCGCUGCCCACAGCUUCAGCCAUCCAUGCCUUGCAUCUCCCUUUCUCUGGAAGCAGGUUUUUGCACUGAGCCCAGUUUCUGAUCCACGCCAACUGCCUUCGAGUUGUGGGCCGCCAUCAGCUACCUCUGUGUUCUUCACAACCUCAUGGGAUAGUCUCUCCUUCACUGGAGUCUGGAGUGCUGGCCCUUGACCCCCUGGACCUGGUGUUAUGGAGUGGCAUUGUCUUUGAGGGACAGGGGUCUGAAGUGUACAGGGCCACUGGAGGAAGCAGCCUUCGCCCAAAAGCUGGGCUGAUGGGAGUUUGUAGUCCAAAACAGCUGGAGGGCACAAGCUUGGGGAAGGCUGGUGAAGAGGUAGCAUGCAAACCAUGUCCAGUUUUGUGAGCUGGGUUUGGGUCUCAGCUGGCUCGUGCCGUUUCCUUCCAUCGCUCACUGCCAGGAUGUCUGCUUUGCGUGCAGAAGGUCCCAAGUUCAAUCCCAAGGUAUCUCCAGUUUUCACAAAAGAUUAGAAAACAGGUGAUGGCAAAGGGCUUUCCCUGGAGAGCUGCUGCAUGUCAGAGCAAGCAAUCAAGGGCUCGACAGACGUAUAGUCUGACCUGGUAUAAAGCUGCUUGUGAUGUUCCUUGCAGUGGGGCGGACCCCAGCCAGUGGAGGCUCCAUGUCAGUGGGGCAGUGGAAUCCACCCUGGGUUUUAAUCCCAAACUUUCAAGGAACUGCCCAAAGUGAAAGCACCUUGGACAGCUCCUUGAAAGUUUGGACUAAAACCUGGAGCGGAUUCCACUGCCCCACUGACAUGGAGCCACCAGCCGUCACUGACUAACACUGAUGGCGAUGGUGAAUUGUGUGUCUCCCACUGCAAAAGGGGCAAUGUCACCCUCCAUAGGCCACUGCAUGCAAAUGCUAAGACCUGGUGCAGAUGAUAGGUUUGCCAUGUGAAUGCCUAGCCUGGACUUUUUAAAAAACAAAAUCACUUCUAUGCGGGUUGAGUAGAGGCUGCCAAAUCUGAACUGGGACAAUGGCAAUUCGGGGAGCAGGGUCUGAUCCUUCCCCCUGCAGUGGAAAUCAGCCCCUAGUUGCUAUUUGCCCCUAAAGUUGCCACUGCAUUUAAUAGGGAGGGGCAGGUUUUGGCAGGAAAAUGGUGCAGGCGGGUCAGACCACUGUUCUGAUCAGGAUCAGGGCCUUCCAUGGCUGCUAUUUCUUUUAAAAACAAACCAAUUGGUGAUAUUAUUAAUGAAUUUAUGAAUCACCUUUCACAUGUCUCCAGGCGAUUUGCAAACCUACCAGAAAAACAGCUAAAAACUGCAAGUUUUGAAAACAGUCCCAAAUGAACACCUAAGGCAAGACCUUUUUGCCCAGCUGGAAAAGCUUGUUGAAAGAGAAAUGUCUUCAAACUGAAAGGGCAGUUGGUGGGCACCACAGGGCAAGCCCUGCUCCGAGUGACUGUGGAGUGGGCCUCUGAGAUCUUUGGACCUUGCAGGACAAGCUCCCAUGCAGAAUGCAUUGACCCUACUGGAUGUAUAAGGGAUAUGGUGCUCCCUCAAGUAACCUGGUCCAGAGCUGUAUAUAGGACCUUUGUAUCUUAGUACUAAAGCCUUCAGCUUAGAUAGACAACCACAUGGCAAGUGGGCCAUCUAUUCCAGGUCUUGCAGUGCACUCCCUGUCUCCAUUUUCUCCCUUUUGGCCCCCAUGGCUUCCCUGGGCAAGCUGCCCUGCUGUGAGACAGAUACCUUCACCUGGGAAACUGAGCAUCAGAUCUGUGCUGUGUCCCAUCUGUUAGAAAGUAGGGUCAACCAGCUACAGGAGGAGGAGGGUGGGAGGAAGGAUGUUAUACGAUUGGCUGCUAGCUGGGAAUGGCCAUGACAAGACAAUGCAAACCUGGCAGGUGGUGAACGCAGGGAAAACGCUUCCCAGGAACCCCAGGAAUGGCUGCGGAGUAGAGGUUGCCAAGAAGGUGACUUCCAGAUGUUGUUGGGCUACAAAUCCCAUCAUUCCUCAGCAACAUGGCCAACGUUCAGGGACGAUGACAUCUUGAGGGUCCCACAUUGCCUGUCCCUGCUGUAGAGAAUGGGGUAUGGAUGUAGGCCCUGUGUUGUUCCCUGUAAGAGAUGAACAGCCCACCUGUAGGGGAGGACUUUGAAGAAACCUCCAUUGUCCUAUGGAGACCUGAUGGGCUAGAGUAAGCCUUUCACAGUGGCCCCAAAAGAAGCCAGGCUGGCCAGGAUUCUGAAAGGAGUGGAGCAAAUAAAUGAUUCAUGUCUGCAAAUUUUGGCUGGCACCGUUUGUGGUUGCCAUAACCUUACACACACACACACCACCUUCAUCACACAAUACUUCAGCGUUGGUUGGAAGGUCUUCCAAAUCAAACCCAAGGUCAGGGACGUGGCCCUGCCUCACAUUCCAUCUCCAAGCUCAGGAGAAGGGUUAGGGCACCCUCCAUCUGGCUGCACUCCACCGCCAAAGCCCAGCACACUGUCAACGUUGAUCCUCUCCACUCUGCCCCUCCUGCUCCACGUUCAGGAGGAGGAGGGGAAGGGAAACGCCGCUGCAUCAUCCUGUGUGCAUCAUGCUGAAAGAGAUAGUCCUCUCCUUCCAGCUCAGGAAAAGUUUGAGGGCUCAACACACUCCCCAGAGCAAGGAGGGGAUUUAUUUCCACUCACCGUCACUUCUCACAACGGUUUCCCUGGAUGGAGACAUCAUUUUUUUUGUGGGGGAACACACAUUUCAAUUAACAAGAGAAGUUCAGGACAAGUUAUUUUGUUUUUGGUGCUACGUGGAUUGAGCAGCUGAUCCCAGUCAACUUCCUCCACAAAGUGUGUGAAGUGGUCCUGUCUCCCUGGGGCCCCCUCCGUAUCCGGAAGGGAUGCGCUGACUCCGGAGUUUCAGGACUCCGCCGGAGCCUGGCUUCAGACCUGGAACACAGUUUUGAGGUUUAGCAACAACAGAGGAAAGAUGCCCCUCUGAGUUGGCAAUGAGUGCCUUGCCUUGGCAGCCAAUCACCAAGCCAACAUCUAACAUCGGGGCCUGAGAACGUGACUUUUUGGACAAAUGUGAGACUCACCGCUCCUUUCUGAAGCACUGGUGAAUUCUUGGGAGCUGCAUGCUUACUCCAGGGACAGACACUCUUUCUGUGAAGCAAUGUGUGUGUUUGGAAUUGUGGCUGCGAUGCUAAAAGAUUAUUCCUACUUGGGCCUUGCAGAUGGGCUGCCAAUCUGGUGCGAGCCUGACGUUUUACCUUGCUAAGCCAAGAGAAGAGCUUUGUACAGUCCAUGUAUCUGUUUCUAGUGCACAAGGGUAGAACUCAGAAAACUCAGUUUCAGGUGUGUUUUUUUAAUGGAAGUUGCUAGCCCUUAUAAUGUCAUGGGAAAUUCUCAGGCCAUUCAUUCAAGACCAAUGGUACAAGCAGCCCAUUCAUUUGCUUUAGGACAGCAAUAUUUCUUUGGGGGGGGGGCUUUGCCAGUGGAAUAGUGUGCAGUUUGAAAAGUGCACCCCAAUCCAUGAGCCGAGGGUUGCAUCCCAGCAUCCUCUGCCUGCUUUUAGGAAUCCUAAGGCAAGCAUCUUAGAUUGUGCAGUGAACUUGCUUGAGGCAAUGAGUCUUGGGCUGAGCCUAAUUUGAUGAAGAAUCCUGUCAAGGAAGGUCUUCCUAAUGGUCACAGGAGUGGAACUUCUGUACCUUGCACAGCAGCUGGUUCCUCUCCUGCAGGUGCUCUUUCUCCUGGCCUUACCAGAAAACCCCAAGGUUUUUUUUUGGGGGGGGGUGGCGUUGACAUUUUAUCAUGGAAAUGCAAAAGAUCUAUGCCAAUUUUGCAAAGAUGCUUAGCUGACAUAAAUUCUGGUCCCAGAAUGUUGAUUUUUUUGUGUGCUCAUGUCACACUGCCCUGGUCAAAGAGGUUACCUUCUGUAGGCUUCUAGGAUGCUGCAACAAGCCCUUCUAAACCUUGCUGCCAGGAUUCUACCCAGCCUCACAGCCAGUGGUAGCUGCUGCCCACUGGGGCGGCCAACAGUAGAUGCAGCCAGGGCCAUCCCCUGGACUGGUUGUAAGAAAGCAGGCAGGUGGGGGCUGGCUGAUGGCCAACUGAGGUUGGUGGAGCAGUGCCCCUCGUAUCCCAGUGGACCAGUCUCCGCUGCAUCGCUGUUGGUGGUCUGUAGCCACAGCUGGCUUUGCAUUUGUUCAGACAAGCAGGCUCUUGCCUUUUUUUCUGUGGUUCUGAGAUGGUGAUGAUUCCAUGCUCUCCAGGUGUAGUGAGCUCAUGCGGGUCUGAAGCUGUGAUUUUCCUGCUAUGCACCUUUCUGUCAAUGUUUGUGCCUUCAACGCAAAGAUUUCAGAACCCGCAUUUCCCUUCUGAAGGAUAACAAAUAAAGGGCUUUUUUUCUUAUA